AAUUAAAAAAAAAAAAAAAAACAUGAAGAAUUCAAGCUUUCGUUCGCAAUUCCUUACGACUUCCUCCUCUUCCGCCACACAUGAUGCACCCCCAGCUGCGCCUGCAGCCGCUGCUGCGCUUACCUCUGUUGCACAGAUGGCAAUUAAUGUUGACAGUCUUGAAUCAAAGCUUUGGCCUGACUUUGUAACUAAAGCUUUUAUUGAUAUUAUGGUUGACGAAGUUACAAAAGGAAAUAUGCCAAAUGGUGUAUUUCAUGCUAGAACAUGGAACUCAAUGACUACUAGGCUGAAUUCUAUAACUAAUCGUUCCUUUAAAAUGGAUCAACUAAAGGCAAAAAUGCACCGGCUACGAGCCAUGUAUCGCGAGUUCUAUUCACUUUUGCAGAACACUGGAUUUGGGUGGAAUGCAGAAACCAACACUGUUACAGCAAGUGAAGAGGUCUGGCGAAAUUAUCUUCAGGUACAUGAGAAAGCUUCUCAAUUUCAAAAGAAAGGAUGUGACCAUUAUAAGUUAUUGGAAAUCCUAUUCAACAAAAAUAAUGCUACUGGAGUACUUCACCAUUCAUCUACACAAGACCCACCAAAUACUGAUGAAGAAAAUGAGCUUGAUAAUCAAUACCUUAACAUUGGAAGUGCAAGUCAUGUACGUGUUGAUGAAGAUGAUUCAGACGAUGAUAUACAAGCAAUGGAGCGCGUCUCACGAAGUGGAAAACAAAAAGUACAAGUAAUAUCCAAAAAAGAGUCAACAUCACAACAAAUGGGACAUGCGCUUGCAGCAUGGGCUCAAGCAUCUUUGGCGAGAGCAGAGAAGUAUAGCAGGGAUAAGAGUAAGGAUAAGAGUAGGGAUAGGAGUGUGGAGGCUACCUCGCGUGUAACAUUUGAUUGUUCGCUAACUAAGUGUGUGGCUGCUCUUGAAGAGAUAGAAGGCAUUCCAGAUGACAUCUAUGGAAAAACCCUGGAAAAGUUUAAGGAUCCUGAUUGGAGGGAAAUGUUUAUGGCAAUGUCUAAAGAGAGGAAACGUGGAUGGGUACUUAGACUCUAAGGAUAACACGUUACUUGAAUAUGUGGUGAUAGUGAUUGGAUAUAUGCUUCUCUUAGUACUUUGUUUAUGAUCUUUAUGGUUGCGUACUUAUUUCUAUUUUCUGAACAAUUGUAUGCAUUUUUUUUUAUGAGUUGUUUUGAAUUGUUUUGUUAUGUUUUGAAAUUGUAUGACAGGUUGUAACCAGAUUUGAUGUUGAUACAAGUGAUGAUUCUACUUCUGAUGAAAGCGAUGAUGAUUUUGUAGAAUUUCUUAUUAGUAAUGUGAUCUAUGACUAUCAUCAUAAAUUCUUUAAUAAAGGAAAGGUUCUAACAUCAUCAUUAUCUGGUCGUGAAUUUGUUGCUGAAGUAUUAAAUGGAUCUGAAACAAGUUGUUUUGAUUUAUUUCGGAUGAAGAAGGAAUGUUUUCUUAAUUUUUGUAAUGAAUUAAGAGGGAAGAACUAUCUAAGUGACUCAAGAGAUGUACUUGUCGAAGAGAAGGUUGCCACUUUUUUAUUCAUAAUUGGGCAUAAUGUUCGUCAUAGAGUCGCUUCAAACCGCUUUCAACAUUCCACAGAAACAAUCUCACGCAAUUUCAAGGAAGUAUUAAGGGCAGUGUGUCGAUUGGGAAAAGAACUCAUAAAACAAGAGUCCAUAGAGUUGCCUGAAAGAAUUAAGAAUAAUUCAAAAUACUAUCCUUGGUUCAAGAAUUGCAUAGGUGCAAUAGAUGGUACACAUAUAAGUGCAUGGGUUCCUGCAGAGAAACAAAUUUCAUGUAGAGGUAGAAAGACAACAAUCACGCAAAAUGUCAUGUGUGCUUGUGAUUUCAACAUGAUGUUUACAUAUGUAUAUUCUGGGUGGGAAGGAAGUGCACAUGAUUCAAAA